UAGCAAGAGAAAUGUCCGAGAACCAAUAGUGAUAUUGCUACUCAGAUGCAAUGUUAAUGUCUUAUAUAAACGUCUCACUACUUAGAUCUUAUAUUAUCAAUCUCCAAAAUCUUGGCUCUUAGUUUCCUCCUCCCAUUCUCUCUCUAUGGCAUCUUCAUCUGCUCCUCGCAAUUGGUUAUAUGAUGUUUUCUUGAGCUUCAGAGGGGAAGACGUCCGCGUUACUUUUCGUAGCCACUUUCUCAAGGAGCUCGACCGCAAACUGAUCACUGCUUUUAAAGACAAUGAGAUCGAGCGAAGCAAAUCUCUCUCGCCAGAGCUUGUACAAGCAAUAAAGAAUUCGAGGAUCGCUGUGGUAGUUUUCUCCAAAAACUACGCUUCUUCAAGGUGGUGUCUUAACGAGCUGCUGGAGAUUGUGAACUGCAAAGAUAAAAUCGUCAUACCAGUUUUCUACGGUUUGGAUCCUUCCCAUGUGAGGUAUCAGACCGGUGAAUUUGGAAGGAUCUUUAAAAAGACUUGCAAGAGACAUACAGAGAAAGUGGGAAAUCAAUGGAAGGAAGCGUUGGCUGAUGUAGCUAGUAGGCUUGGAUUUGAUUCUGCGAGAUGGGAUAACGAAGCAAAAAUGAUUGAAGUAAUAGCCAAUGAUGUUUCGGGUAAACUGCUUCCAACUACAUGGGAGGAUUCUGAAGACCUUGUUGGCAUUGGAGAUCACAUGGAAAAGAUGAGUGGAUUGUUGGAACUAGAAUCUAUGAAAGUGAAGAUGGUUGGUAUAUGGGGUUCCUCCGGGAUUGGUAAGACUACUAUCGCAAGAGCUCUGUUUAACCGGAUUUCUAGUCGGUUCCAAGGUAGCAUUUUCAUAGAUAGGGCUUUCGUGUCUAGGUGUAUGGAAAAUUAUGGUAGGGCCAAUCCAGAUGAUUGGAACAUGAAGUUGCAUUUACAAAGAAACUUCCUAUCUGUAAUUUUGGAGAAAAAGGACGUUAAGAUAGAUCAUCUAGGUGCAGUGGGAGAGAGGCUCAAACAAAAAAAAGUUCUUAUAGUUAUUGAUGAUUUGGAUGAUCUCGUCGUCUUAGAUGUUUUGGCGGGCAAAACAGAAUGGUUUGGAAGUGGGAGUAGAAUCAUUGUAGCAACAAAUGAUAAACAUCUUUUGAUGGCCCAUCGGAUUGACCAGAUUUAUGAGGUUCAUCUCCCAUCUGAAGGUCACGCUCAUCAGAUGUUUUGUCAAUCUGCUUUCAGGAAAGACUCUCCACCUGAAGGUUUUGGGAAGCUUGUAGUUAAAGUUGCAAGACAAGCGGGUAAACUUCCUUUGGGUCUAAAUGUUUUGGGUUCGUAUUUGCGAGGGAGGGAUAAGGAUUACUGGAUGGAUAUGUUGCCAAGGCUUCAAAGUAAUCUAGAUGGUAAAAUUGAGAAGACACUGAGAUUCAGCUAUGAUGGGUUAGAUAGCGAAAAGGAUAAAGCCAUAUUUCGUCAUAUCACAUGUCUUUUCAAUGAUGUGGACGUCACAGACAUCAAGUUGUUGCUCGCAGAUAGUAACUUAGAUGUUAAUAUUGGGCUGAAACAUCUAGUUGAGAAGUCCCUCGUUCAUGUUAGAAGGGGUAAAGUGGAGAUGCAACGCUUGCUACAAGAUAUGGGUAGAAAUAUUGUGCGCAUACAGUCCGAGCCUGGGAAACGAGAAUUUUUGGUGGAUUCAAAAGAUAUAUGUCAUGUACUCAAUGCAGGCACUGGUACUGAAAAGGUUUUAGGUAUAUCACAACUGGAUGAAAAUGGUUUAGGUAUAUCACAACUGGAUACAAGUGAGUUUCAUCUUUCUGAGAACAAAAAGUUGGAUGUACAUGAGAGUGCCUUCAAAGGGAUGCCUAAUCUCCGUUUCUUAGAAAUUAAUGGGCGGAUGGAAUUGCACUUACCUGAAAGUUUCGACUAUUUGCCCCCUAAACUCAAACUAUUGUGCUGGCCCAAUUUUCCAAUGAGAUGCAUGCCUUCUAGUUUUCGUCCCGAAAACCUUAUCAAGCUCAAAAUGCAGGAGAGCAAACUACAUAAGCUGUGGGAAGGAGUUGUGUCGCUUGCAUAUCUAAAAGAAAUGGAUCUGUCAGGAUCAUCAGACCUGAAAGAAAUUCCAGAUCUUUCCAUGGCUACAAAUCUUGAGACACUUAAUCUUGAGGAUUGCGAGAGUUUGGUGGAGCUUACUUCCUCUAUACGUAAUCUCAAUAAACUGUUGGAAUUAUUCAUGAGAUCGUGCACUAGUCUGGAAAUUAUUCCAACCGGCUUCAACCUUAAAUCUCUCGAUUACAUCAAUUUCGAUGGAUGCUCAAAGUUGAGGACUUUUCCCGAAUUCUCAACCAACAUCUCAGCUCUCUCUCUGUUAGAUACAAACAUUGAAGAGUUCCCUUCUAAUUUACAUCUCGAGAAUCUUUCAGAGCUUAAUAUAUCGAGUGAUGGGAAACAAUGGGAAGGAGUGAAGCCGCUUACGCCCUUUCUGUCGAUGCUGUCUCCCACUUUGAAGUAUUUGAGUCUCAGCGAUAUCCCAAGUUUGGUGGAGCUUCCUUGCUCAUUUCAGAAUCUCAAUCAACUGAAGAGAUUGACCAUCACAAACUGCACAGAUCUGGAGACUCUCCCCACAGGAAUCAACCUCGAAUCUCUCGAAUACCUUUGUUUCAAUUUAUGCUCACGGUUGAGGAGCUUUCCUGAUAUCUCAACCAACAUCUCAAGGCUCGAUCUAGUAGACACAGGGAUUGAAGAGGUUUCUUGGUGGAUCGAGAAAUUCACUAAACUCACUGAGCUAAGAAUGGGAUAUUGCAGCAUGCUAAAAUCUGUAUCCAUGAACAUUUCUAACAUGAAACAACUUAAGAAAGCUAACUUUUCAGAUUGUGGGGCAUUGACUAGAGUUGAUUUAAGUGGCUAUCCAAGUGGGAUGGUGGAGAUGAUGGAAGCCUCCUCUUGUCUUCUUCCUCAUAAUUGUGUCCCCAAAGUUGAACUCAAUUUAAUGGGCUGCUUCAUCUUGGAUCCAGUAACUGUCCUUCGCCAACAAUCAUUUACUUUCAACUCCAUGAGAUUUUCAGCGGUAGAACAAGAAGUGCCAUCAUAUUUCAAGCACCGUACUAGUGGAAGCUCCUCUCUGACCAUUCCUCUACUUCACGUCCCUCUCUCCCAACCCUUCUUCAUGAUCAGAAUUAGAGUUGGCGUAUUGACAACUAAUAUUCGGGAGCGAGUACAUAUCAUGGUAAAGUCUGAGUUCAAAGACAGAUUUGGGAACAGCCUUGAUUGUGACAGAAGUGAUUUUGUAGUUCCUGUUUAUUACCCGGAUAGGAAGGUAGACGACUUAACUAUAUUGGACUAUUGUAUCCCUUUAAAGGAAGAUAAUGCUCUACCUCAAGGGAACGACGAUCAUGUGGCUAUCCGGAUUAGGCAAACUAAAGGUAAAAAUAUCCGUAUAAAAGGCUGGGGUGUACAGCUGUUAGAUGAUUGUUCAUCACCGGAGAACCGACUUGGUAAUCCAGACACUACUCUUCCACAUGUUUCUGAAGCUGAAGAAAGACUUGUGCAGUUUCGAACUUUCGACCUUCUAAAGAGUGGGUUACGCUUUAAUCGGUGGUUUCAUACCAUGCUGUUCAGUUUCUUUUUUUAUUCUCUUUGUGUUUAUAUUAUAAGCUGGGCUUACCAUUGGUCAAGUUAGAUAUUGUAAUGAAAUGUGAAAUGUGUUUUGUUGCAGCUUCAUCUUGUACAUUAAGACAAAAAAUUAUGUUCAUGCCAAAUGAGCUAGGUUUGCUA